AUGCCUGCCUCGAUCCAAGUCGCAAGUGCGUCAGCGUGCGGUCUCACACUCGGCGCGCGCCGAAUCGUGACUACAGGGCUCGCACUCAAACUCACGACUGUACGGUACCGUACUGCACACAGCAGAUGCACCACCGUCGACUGCAUAUAUGCAUCUGACUAGUUUGAGUGGUGACGAGCCGCGCGGGCCCUUCGCUCCGAGUCCUUUCGAAGUUGCGCGUGGGCCAUGCAGAGAAGGUCCCUACGGAGCCUCCGUUGCAGAGCGGCGCAUUGACCCGAGCUCCUCUUCUGCCACACAUCAUGCAGCAUCCGCCACGAGGGAGCCUCGCAGCGAGGAGAGUGGGUGGAGCAGCAGCGCGCACAGUGGUGAGUCAAGAGUCUGACUCAACGCCGCUUUUCGUGCAACGAGCUGCAAAGCUACAUAAAUCCGGGGGGCUGCCGUCAUCACUCUCCGCUAUCGCUCCCCUGACCCAAGUACCACCCACCAUACUCACCUACUGACAGCCGCUUCCCGCGCAACUGUCAACUGCAUUUUGCCCAUCCUGUCCCACACUCAUCCAAGAGACACGGCUUUAGACCACCCUAUCUCGCUGGUUCCACCUAUGAACAUGUCGUCCGCAGAAGCUCCUCCCGCUAUCGGCGCCAACGACCCAGUCGUCGGCGCUGGCGCUCCCGCUACGGGCGAUCUCAAGGUCGACCCUACUGCUUCUGCGCCCGCUCCCACUGCUGGUGAGACUUCUGCUGCUCCCAGCUCUGGAUUCGCGUCGCCUCCUCCUGGAACGACGACGACGACGACGAUCACUACCACCACUUCGCAUGCGCCUGACGCCAGUGGCCUUUCGGCCACCAGCCCAAGCAGUCCAGCUGUGGGCUCCGCUCCAGGCUCUGGCUUUGCUGCUGCUGCUGCUGCUGCUCCUAACGGUGUUGCUCCCACUGCGAACGGUGUUGCUGCUCCCAACGGAGCUGCUCCUGCGCCCAUCGCGACCGCAGCUGACCCCGCCGCACCUGGCUCGAACUUGGUCGCGAGCCCCGUUGCUACUUCUCCCGCUGCCGCAAACGGAGCUGCAGCUCCCAACGGAACCACGAAGGCUGCUGACGUGGCUGCUCCUGCUGCAGCUGCAGCUGGCGGCUCUGCGGCUGCAGCCUCUGUGCCCUCUCACUCUGCUGGCCCUCUGAGCGCCAAGGAGGUCAAGAAGUACGACAAGCUGCUCAAGAAUGAGGCCAAGCACGAGGAGAAUGAAAUUUCUUCUGCUAUCAAGGCUGCUCACACCGACGAGAAGGCCAUGCAAAAGGCCCGCAAGGCUGAACAACAGAGUGUCAAGGUGAGUAGAUGCGUGUUACUUCGGAUGAUCAGAAGCCUCAUCCACCACUGACGCGCUGUGCGUACCUUUGCAGCGCCACCAAGCGGCUGUCAAGGAGGAGCAUAAUGCAUCCAAGGCAUUCAACAAGGCCAAGGAAGCCCACGACAAGGCUGCCGCUGCCCUCGCUAAGGCUGUCGAGGAGCUCGAUGUGAGUGUGCAAUGACCCCGUGUGUGCCUCCUCCGCAUGCAGGCUUGGCUAAUGAGUGCAAGCGCUCCUUUUUCAAUCAGAUCAAGAAGCGUCACACCGAGGCCACCACCACGUCUUACGAGUCGACCAAGAAGAAGAUUGACGAGCUGCGCGACACCAAAGUCGCCCACGACAAAGACCGCGCUCGUCGUCAAGCUUCUCUUCACGGCACUCCUGCCGCCUAG